AGUGUUUACCUCAUUUCAAACCCGGAAGUGAGAGACACUACUGGUCCGCAAGUGCCUUUGCCCCGUGUCCUACCUCUUUUAUCUGUCCAUUAUUGAUCCAUAAGUCGUGGUGUGGCAUCGUUUAUAAGAGAACGCGUGCAUGUGAAGUCAUUUAAACAACGGCUUGCUAUCAUUUGUGGCGUUCUGCUCUGUCCCAGCAGGUUGGAUCACCUGGAUGUUGCGCGCGCGGGCUCUGCUCGGCUUCCUGGUGACCUCAAGGGCCGCGUGCGUCCUCGCUCAGACGGGGACAUGCGCGCAGUCUGCUGCAGCUUACAACCACAAGAAGGACUGUUUCACGAGCAGACCAGCAUCCACCAUGGCCAAGACCAUCAAAUAUCUUGGGCAGGAGGAGGCUCAGCACAUUGAUGAGGAGCUCUUCAGUGAGUAUGGCUUCAGUGUGGACCAGCUGAUGGAGCUGGCUGGACUCAGCUGUGCCACGGCCAUCGCCAGGGCCUAUCCAAUCACGUCCCUGGUCAAGGCCAGACCUUCUCUGCUCGUGAUUUGUGGCCCUGGGAACAACGGAGGAGACGGCCUGGUCUGUGCACGCCAUCUUAAGCUCUUUGGUUACGAGCCCACCGUCUUGUACCCGAAGAGGCCAAACAAGCCUCUGUUCCAGGGCCUGACCACGCAGUGCCAGAAAAUGGAGAUCCCCUUCCUGACGGAGAUGCCUGAGGCCGCAGUGAUCGACGAGGCUUACAACCUGGUGAUCGACGCCAUUUUUGGCUUCAGCUUCAAGGGCGCAGUGCGAGAGCCUUUUGGGUCCAUCCUGGAUUUGCUGAAGAAGACGACGGUCCCCGUCGCGAGCAUCGACGUCCCCUCGGGUUGGGAUGUGGAGCAGGGCAGCGCCGACGGCCUGCAGCCCGACACGCUCGUCUCCCUCACUGCUCCCAAGAAGUGCGCCCGCUUGUUCCGGGGACGCCACCACUUCCUCGGAGGGCGGUUCGUGCCCCCGGGCCUGGAGAGGAAGUACCAGCUCAACCUGCCCCGGUACCCGGGCCUGGACUGCGUGUUGAAGCUGUAGAUGACUUGGAUGAGAAGAUCCAUUCCAGCAUUAAGACUGGAACCGGGCGUGAAUGGUGGGACCAGUCAACACGUGGCUUGUUUGUCUUCGUCUUGACGCCCACAGAAAUGCAAAAAUAGCGACUUGUUUUGGCUCGUGUAGUUAUGUUCUAACUCACAGCAUGAAAGGGAUGUAUUGUCGAACCUUUGGAGACGAAAACAAACCAAUAAAUGAAAAUAAUACAACUUA